AUGGCUGGUUGUGCUCCCUUCGGGGGUACACUCAGCGGGCAGACGGGUGCGCCUUCAGUUUUGUUUCAGAGUGGGGAUGGUAGAUCGCUUCAGGUGCACAAUGACAUUGUUCGGGGUGCCUGGAACUCCCUUGUUGCCCCUCGACCUUCUGACCCCAUGGACAUGCUUUUUGAUGAGUGUGACCCUUUAAAGUUUCCAUUGCAUAGACCGCGCAUGGCUUGGCAAUCUUCCGAUCCGCCUUCAGUGUGGUCUGAGAGACUUCGUUGCUCCAGCCACGGUGGCAAGGCCACGUUUCUGAAGUGUGUCAGGAAUGUGGAGGUGGCCACGUGGCGUGAGGUGAUGGACUCACUUCUUCAAAAGGCCCUCAAAAGAUGGUACGCGGUUAUCUCCAGAUGGGAGCCCGCCUUGGAGAUUGUGAAGCAGGUGAUACUUGUUGCCUUCGCCGACGGCAUCCAGGUCUUGAGUGACUACUUGACACCCAAGGCUCCUUCGACUUUGCUCAAGCGUGCUGGUUCCUUGAAGCUGCUGGAUGCUGCCCUCGCUUCCCCUGGGGACUACGCUUUCCUCCGCUUGAGCGGUAAGAGUCUCAGCGCUCUUCAGGGCAUCAAGGAGGCUGUUGGCUUCUGCUACUUCGUUCUCGGGCUGCAGGAGUGCGAGGCCCUUGUGAUGAGCAGGAGAUGUCGAGGCAUCACCAUCAACUGCGUCCUGAAGCCGGUGACACAAGCAUCCCCCUUUUCAGUAGAGGACCUAAAACAGCUGCUGGGACACGUGUUGAGACCAUUGGACGUGUGGGAUGCAAUCUUUUGCGGUGCAGUGCUCUUGGCGGUCUACAGCCGCUCAAGGUGGGCCGACAUGCAGUACGCUGAAGCAUUGUCUCUGGAUCGGGAUGCAUCGGGGAGAGUCGUCUUCAUCGACCUUCAAACCGCAAGGCGUAAAACCAUGAUGGCCAAGCAACAUCGACAUAAGUUCCUCACUAUGACAGCCCCGGCACAAGGCGUUAGCCCUGAUUCCUGGGUGGAGGCUUGGCUUGGUGUUUGCUCGCAAGUUGGUUUCGUGCCUUGUGACGGUUGGCCGGUCAUGCCAGCCCCAGAUGAGCAUGGACGUCCUACAGUGCGUGCCUUGUCUUCGGCGGAGGCCUCGGCGUGGAUUCGGCACCUGCUUGGGAAUGACAAGGUGGAUGACAGGCGUCUCUCUUCCCAUUCUUGCAAGUGUACAUUGCUCAGCAUGCUGUCAAAGUUCGGGGCCUCGGUUGACGUGAGGGCUUGUCUCGGAUACCAUGUCGGCAAGAAUCAGACAGUCUUCACGUAUUCCCGAGAAGCCGCUGCAGGACCGCUUCGAGUUCUACAAGACAUGUUGACUGCCAUCCAAAGGGGUGAGUUUCGGCCGGACGAAACUCGCUCGGGACGCUUUGUGACGAGUGACCAUCUGGCGUGGGAGCAGACGAGAGAGGAAAGGGAUUGGUAUCCUGAAAUGGGGCCCUUGGCCUCUGAAUUGGUGACGGAGGGCGACUUGCAGUCCCUUGCUGAGCCAGAUCCUGCAGAAGUUCCCCCGCGUGAAGAGGUUCAAGAACCUGUGCCGGAGCCCCCUUGGCUUGAACUAGGUGAUCCAGUUGCUGACUCCCCUCGUCCUCUUGACAGCUCGGAGCUCGACACUGCACUUGUCAACGGUGAGCCUGUUGAUCCUCCAACCUUUGGUGGUAAUCCCUCACUGGUCCAGGAGAGCUCAUCCUCAGGGGAGGACGGGAGCGAAUCGUCGACGGAGAGCACCUCCAGCAAUGAUGCAGAAGUGCCCCUCAAUGUGGUCCAGGUCCCUGUAGCGCCUGACGGGACUAAGUUUCUUAGGCGCAAGAAGUCGCGCAUGUGUCAUCUUCUUCGAGAUGGUGACGUGAGGCGCCUGCUUUGCGGUCGAGCGGUCAGUGACUUCUACAUUCCGGCGGGUCUGAUUCUUCUACAUUCCGGCGGGUCUGAUUCUUCUACAUUCCGGCGGGUCUGA